GUGUGACACAUUAGCUGAACGAGCAACACCCAUAGAAAAUGUAUUCAAUAACAAUCAUUUUCGUAAUAUUCUCGGUUUCCACCGUACGUGCAGUAGAAAGACCCCUCUGUGUCCCCCUUGGGACAUGCCUUCAAAGCAGAGCUGGGGAUGGAACUGUGGAUGUCAGAGCCGUACUCCCAGAUCCAAGUGGCAAGUGUCCCAUGGGAAAAGAAUUGUGUAAUCAACAAACAAAUGCAAUAAAUUGUGGAUUCGCGUAUGGAGCCAACGGAACCACUCUAGAUGGUCCAGCACCAUACGGGGCACAUCCAUGGCUUGCCUACCUAACAAAUCAAACAGGAUAUACCGGAAGUGGAGUUCUACUAGAUCGCUACCACGUGUUGACCGCCGCUCACAAAGUCUACAGGCACAAGUAUUCAUUGCAAAAACUACAGGUUUACAUCGGCGUCUAUAAUAGGGAAUUCCUGCAAACUGCCUACAAACGCAACAUUGAAGAUAUGAUCAUACACCCAGCAUUUGAUCCCAUAACUUUGAAGAAUGAUCUGGCAGUAUUACGACUUAAAGCGCACAUACCCCUAGGAUAUAUGAAAAAUGUAGGAGCGGCAUGCCUUCCAAGAUUCAACGCUAGAUUCGUAAAUAAAAGAUGUAUGGUAGCUGGUUGGGGUGUGACAGAUUUCGAAACAGGCGAUGCUUCAGCCAGUUAUCUCAAACAAGUCACCGUACCAAUAGUCCCAUUCAACACCUGCUAUCAAUCAAUGAAGAACCUGAUAGGAGAUCGCACCAACUUGUAUCUGGACAAAGAUGGCGAACUGUGCGCUGGUGGCGAGGAGGGUAGAGAUGCCUGUACGGACGAUGGAGGAGCACCCUUAAUAUGCCGAGACGACAAUGGGAAAAAGGUGGUGGCGGGCCUCGUAAUUUGGGGCAAGAAAUGUGGACGACCUAAUGUCUACGGAGUUUACGUAGAUGUAUCAAAAUAUGUCGAUUGGAUAACCCGAGCGAUUCGGAACCUUCAAUUAGUUCGAUCGCGACCAUCAGAUCAGAUAGGCAAAAUGCUUCCGUUUAUUUUGGCAGUGCUUUACCACGUGGUGGUGGUACUACAUCAAGCAUCCGCACAAAGUGGCACACCCAGAUGUGUACCAGUUGGGUUGUGUUUCCCGCAGUCUAUUGAUGUCAACCCACGAAUAGUGACCCCGGGCGAAGGAUCACCUCCUGCAAAUAAUACGGAGGCUUGUACCGCAGGAUACGAGCUGUGUUAUCCUCUUCAAGGAAAUUUUUCAUGUGGUACAAGAUAUACAAACAAUAUCAGCAAUGCUAACGGUCCGACAAGCAGAGGAUCACAUCCAUGGCAAGUAUACAUGAACUAUACUUCUUACAUUGGCAGCGGAGUCUUGCUCAAUAGGAAUAUUGUCUUAACAGCUGCUCAUAAGGUGUACACUCAUGUAAACACACCAUCAAACAUAACAAUCUACACGGGCGUCAAUAACCAAAAUGGACUUACUAGCCCACCAGCAGCAUUGAGUCAAGCCAGCCAAAUCAAAAUCCACGAGAAUUUUAAAAUAGACAGCGCGACCAAUAAACCUGUCGAUUACAAAGAUGACAUUGCAUUGAUUCGGCUGGACACACCACAAUUGGUAGGAUACCGCACUGAUUUGGGUCUGGGAUGUCUGCCCAGUCCAACGGAUACCUUUGUGGGUAACCCGCUUUGUAUAGUGGGAGGUUGGGGCGAGACGCAGUUCCAAGCCGGAGACGGAGGAAGAACACACAAACAAGUGACACUGGAAGUCGUUACGAUGGCAACUUGCAAGACGUCUAUGCUAAGACCAACCGUGUUGGGCGUUGCAGGAACUGCCAAAUAUUUGGACGAACAGAAAGAAUUGUGUGCGGGUGGAGGAUCACAAAGGGACGCAUGCACGCAAGAUGGUGGUGCUCCUUUGAUGUGUCGCAACGCAGCUGGAAGAUUCGUCAUCGCCGGUUUGGUAAUUUGGGGUAAAGGAUGCGGACAGGAAGGAGUUUAUGGUGUGUACGUCGAUGUAACCAAGUACACCGAUUGGAUUGCUACCAACUUAAAUACGCUACAAUUCUCUUAAUAGAUUAAGAUAGUUAACAUGAAAUGUACAAGAUGUAAAUAUGAUGAAUAAACAUAAUAAUAACUUUCGCGAGCAAA